AUGGGGCCUCUGAGAUCUGUGCAGGCAAGAACACGUCCGCGGAGAGAAGUCAAGAAGGUGUCAAAGGACUUCAACAAUUCGGACGAGGAAGACCUCGCGGAUUUCCAAGACGCAGAGCCUCCCUCGAAACGCAUCCGCACGUCGCGCCGGGCCCAGCCCUCCCUUAAAUGGACACCAGGAGGUAGAGGAGGCGGCGGUAGACUUGUUGAUCACGAGAGCACCCCUUCUACCACGAGGACACCUAACGCAGACGAAGAAUACGCGCUUCCGCGCACGCGCACGAGACAAAGCCGCAACCCCAAGAAGACGAUGAUAUCCACACCCCGCUACUCAGCGAGAAGCAGAAACAGAGGCGGCGCACGACCCCGAUACAGUACAGCAGCGGCGGCCUCCGCCGCCGUGACACAUGGAGAUGGGUACAAGCCUCGAGAAGAACGAGGGUGGGAAGAGUUCCAUCCUGAUCUCGACCUGGAUGCGGACUUUGCUGUGUUGCCUUCCGAAGAAAUAGACGGACUGGUGAAAAGGCCUACAGUUGAUGGAUCUAGCCAAGGCGCUUUGACGCCGACGGAGGGCGAAAGUCCUGCUCUCGGAAUUUCCACACCUUUAAAGCGACGACCUGGAAGGCCACAUCGUACCCAGAAUUCGAUGGUCAACGCUCUUCUGACUCCCGAAGUCCCCAGAUUCGUGCCUAUGCCAGGACCAAAUCCGCGAGAACGCCUGACCUUACCCAAACCCUCAUAUCGAGAACUUGAUCCAUUCUUAUCCUAUGAACUAAACAAGGACAUUGCCCAAGUUGACUUCGUGGACAAGUCAAUGGCAAAUGUUGGGUAUCAGGAGAGUGAGAUCUUCCUGCGGCCAGAACGGACGCUGAUAAGACAGAUGGAAGGAUCGGCGGAAGAAGACCUCGAUCUCAGUCCGGACCUCAUGACGCACGGAGAGAAUUCUGCUAUUGGCAGUACGGGUGUCGGACGAGUCGAGUAUGAUAUGGAUGAACAAGAUGUCAAGUGGCUCGAGGCUUUCAAUAAAGGGAGGACCAAAGAUGGCGUUCAGAUCAUCAAGCCCGCCAUUUUCGAGAUUACAAUGACCAAGAUCGAAAAAGAAUGGCAUGCUUUAGAAAAGAGAAUACCGAAACCCAAUCCCAAGGCGCCACAGACUCAGCGGCCACGAUCGAGCUCCGCUGCUGCAGUCAAUGGUGAGCCUGCCGGAGAAGAGCCUGACAGCAAAUGCGCCAUAUGCGACGAUGGAGACUGUGAGAAUGCCAAUGCGAUAGUGUUUUGCGACGGCUGUGAUCUCGCCGUGCAUCAAGAGUGCUAUGGUGUGCCCUAUAUCCCCGAAGGACAGUGGUUGUGCAGGAAAUGCCAACUUGUGGGAAACUCUCGACCGAGCUGCAUCUUCUGCCCCAAUGAGGGCGGCGCUUUCAAGCAAACCAACAAUUCAAAAUGGGCACAUCUGUUCUGUGCCUUCUGGAUCCCGGAAGUCACAAUUGGCAACCCAUCAUUGAUGGAACCUAUUACCGAUGUUGAAAAGGUUCCCACCAGUCGUUGGAAACUCAUUUGCUACAUCUGCAAACAGGAGAUGGGGGCGAGCAUUCAGUGCAGUGACGGCCGUUGUUACGAGCCAUUUCAUCUAACUUGUGCUCGCCAAGCUGGACUUUUCUUGCAAAUGAAGACCGGUGGUGGACAGAAUACCCUGAUGGAACCGUCGCAGCUCAAGGCAUAUUGCCACAAGCACACGCCCAGUGACUGGAAACGUCAGCACCACACUGAUAAAGCGUAUGAAGAGGCGGUCAAGUAUUUCAAAGAACAUUUUCGUGGGCAAAUUUGGGCAGACAGUCGUGCAUCUGCCUUGGCGAUUCAUGAUAUCCAAGAUCCGCCUGCUACCGACAAGGGCCAUCUGAAAGUGACUCUGACUAACAAGAAGGGACAAAAGCAGAAGACGGUCUGGCGGCUUCCUUCAGGUGCUCCUGUGAUCCCUGAGGUCAUUCUUAAGUCCAUCGAGGAGUCUCUGGUAAGGUUCACUGUGCAGAAGAAGAAGGAGUAUGUUUCUGAAAUUUGCAAAUACUGGACUCUGAAACGCGAAGCUCGUAGAGGCGCUGCCCUUCUGAAGCGACUACAGUUACAGAUGGAUACAUUCAGCUCUUUCGAGGUGACACGACGCGAUUACAAGGCUCAAGGUGCGGCUGGCCGUGCGCGACUGGAGCGUCGUAUUGAGUUUGCCGAGAGGUUGGCGAAGGAUAUGGACCGGAUCGUGCAGCUAUGCAAUUUGAUCAAAGAACGCGAAGCCUCAAAGCUGGAAGAGGCCCGUCUGUUGAAGGAAGUCGUCGACAUCGUCUACUUCCCUGUCCCACACCUCCUAGAGCCCAUUAUUGAGAAAGCACUCAAAGGUCUGUUCCGUCCUGGUCUUCUCGAAUUGAAGAGCAAAGUCCUCAGGAAAGAGCAUACCUCGAUAGCAAGCUUUUCCAAUGAUGUGGUGCAGGUGAUCAAUUCGCAGUUCGGCAACAGCGCAGGAAGCAUUUCAGAAUUGAUCUCCCUGGUUAGUGGCCGAGCUGAAGACAUGAAACCUGAAGACCGGGACCGACGUACGCUCGCAAGACGAAUUGUCAAGGGAAUUGAACCAAUGAUCGAAGAUGCUACUCGAAAAGAAGCUGAACUGCACGGGCGACCAUACGCUGAGCAGAUUAGGGAGAUGGAUGAAGCCCUCCUCUCCCGACGAGGCUCAUUGGCACAGUCUGCGGAAACCCCAGUCAUUGAUUCAGUCGAAUUGAAACACGAGGUUGGGAUCGCUAGUCCCGCAGAGGCCGGUGUUGAAAUGGUUGAUGUUACAACUACUGUGCAAGAAUUCAGUCGUGUUGAGAAAACGCUCCAAAACGCAGCAAGGCCUGCUGCGCAAGAAGAUUUGCUCAAGCAUAACAGUCUCGAGAUGGCGUCUCACCUGGUCUCGGCCAAUACCCCGCCAGCGUCCACGAAUGGAUUUAGACAUGAGUCCCAUACAAACGGAAUUGCGGCCGCGGAACAAGUGCAACAAGUGGAGCCACCUACACCUCCCAUGAGUUUGGAAGGCCACUCUCAAAGUCUCCAAUCCGAGGGCGGCAUUCCUUGGUACGUUACUCAAUUUGAUCCAGAAGGCACAACCAUCUUUGAAGAACGCUGGACAGGACCAGAAGUGUUACGCGAAAUGAGUGAAGAGCUCAGUGAGAUGGAUGAAGACGAGCUCCUGGGACUGGGUGCCGGCGAUGACAUUGUCAGACACGCUGAUGAUGCUCCGGUUGAUGGCGAGAUCACAGACUCAAAGAAUGAGGAAGCUACAGCGAAGAGAAGGAUCCUCAGAAGCAAACGAAGCAAAGCCCCUGAUUGGGGCGCGAGGUCUUUCCGGAACAGAAGAUGA